AUGGAUAUUCAUGUUCUUCAAAGUCAGCCCGCCCAGAAGGUCGCGUUUAAAGACUCUUCCACGGUUCGUGUGGGUAAUAAACUUGUUCGCAAUAAGCCACCCACCCAGCCCUCUGCUAUGCGACCCAAGCAUUUGGUUCGCGGCGGGUUCCAGCCGCGCCUUCCGACUUCGCUGCCGCCCCCAGGGCAGCAGCAGCAGCCGUCGCCGCUACCACGCCGACAGCCCGUCCCGUUGAUGCCUCCCGUGCAGCUUCAUCCGGGAGCGCCCCAGGUGGUCGCUCCGGCGCCUGUGGUCCCUCUUCAGUCGCCACCGCCUUCGGAGCUGAUGGACGUCGACCCCUCAGCCGGGCCGCCUUCCCAAGCGGUGGCUGUGCAGCCUGUCCUGCAGCCGCUUUCCUUGGGCACCCCCAAGGAGUCUGACACCGCAGAGCCUUGUCCGGCGCCCACUCAGCAGCCGUCGACGCAGCGUCAGGAGCCGCUGCCUCUCUUCGUGGGUCCCGACGCCCCGUCGCGUCCAAACACUGCCAGGGUACAAUUUCGUGACACUACAGUCAAUGAUAAGCCCAACCAGCUCUUCGGGGCAACAUCCAGUGAGAUGUUUCCCAGAAGAAAUAGGAAGAAUGCUCCCGAGACAUGGUAA